CUCUGUCACUCUUUUGUUUGCACGUAGAGAAAAAGUGAGUGAGAAACUUUCAGAACCCUAAAAGAAGCUGCUACAAUGGCGGCGUCGUCAUCUCAGAAAUUGGCUUGCCUUUGCUUCGGUGUGCUUCUCAUCUUCGUCGUCUGUGUUGACACAACGACGAAUCUUCGGAACAACGAAAUCUCUCUAUCAAGGAAGCUGAAAACAGAGGAUUCACAGAGCUUUAACAGUUCCACAAUGUCGACUAGGCUUGAUGGUGUAGUAGAGUUGAAUGAACACGCAGUUACUGAUCCAGACAAAGUUGCCCAUGAGGUCUCUAAGCUUAUUCACAUGAGUGAACAAAACAUCACUGCAAGGAGGAAGCUUGGAUUCUUUUCUUGUGGAAAUGGCAAUCUAAUAGAUGAUUGUUGGCGUUGCGACCGCAACUGGAACAAGAACCGUAAACACCUCGCGGAUUGUGGGAUGGGUUUUGGAAGUAAAGCUAAUGGUGGUCGUAAUGGAAGUUACUAUGUGGUCACUGACCCGAGUGAUGAGGACGUUGUGAAUCCAAAGCCAGGAACUUUACGUCAUGCCGUGAUCCAGGUUGAGCCAUUAUGGAUCAUCUUUAAAAGAGACAUGGUGAUAAAGUUGAAACAAGAACUGAUCAUGAACAGUUUCAAGACCAUUGAUGCUCGUGGUGCUAACGUCCAUAUUGCUAAUGGUGCUUGCAUAACAAUCCAGUUUAUAACCAAUGUUAUAAUUCAUGGCUUGCACAUUCACGAUUGCAAGAGAACGGGGAAUGUAACUGUAAGAAGCUCGCCAAGUCACGCCGGGUUUAGGGGAACGGCUGAUGGUGAUGCUAUUAAUAUAUUUGGGUCAAGUCAUAUUUGGAUCGACCACAACUCUCUCUCUCACUGUACUGAUGGUCUUGUUGAUGUUAUCAUGGGGUCUACUGCCAUUACCAUUUCCAAUAACCAUUUCACUCACCACGAUGAGGUGAUGUUGCUAGGGCACAAGGACUCGUACACACAAGACAAGCUGAUGCAAGUGACAGUUGCGUACAACCAUUUUGGAGAGGGGCUUAUACAGAGAAUGCCAAGGUGCAGGCAUGGUUAUUUCCAUGUGGUUAACAACGAUUACACACACUGGAAAAUGUAUGCUGUUGGAGGAAGUGCAAACCCAACUAUAAACAGUCAAGGCAAUAGAUAUGCUGCUCCCAAUAAUCGCUCCGCCAAGGAGGUGACAAAAAGAUUACACACAAAAGGAAAUGAGUGGAUGAAGUGGAAUUGGAGAUCAGAAAAAGACCUUCUAGUGAAUGGAGCUUAUUUUACACCAUCAGGGGAAGGAGCAUCAGCAGACUAUGCACAAACUUUAAGCUUACCGGCUAAAUCAGCCUCAAUGGUGGACUCAAUCACUGCUAGUGCAGAGCAAAACCCGGAAGCUUCUAUCCUCUACUCAUGGCUUCACUCUUCUUCUCCUUCACCUUCUUCUCUCUCUCUCUUAAACUGGAACUCUAUAGACAACACUCCUUGCAACAACUGGACUUUUAUUACAUGUUCUCCUCAAGGUUUCGUCACCGACAUCGACAUUGAAUCUGUUCCUCUUCAGCUCUCUUUACCGAAGAAUCUCCCGGUGUUUCGUUCUCUCCAGAAACUCACCAUCUCCGGUGCUAAUCUCACUGGAACUUUACCGGAGAGUCUCGGUGACUGCCUCGGUCUCACGGUUCUUGAUCUUAGCUCCAACGGUUUAGUUGGUGACAUUCCUUGGAGUUUAAGUAAGCUUCGUAACCUAGAAACCCUAAUCCUCAACUCUAACCAACUCACCGGAAAAAUCCCACCAGACAUCAGCAAAUGUUUGAAACUCAAGAGCUUAAUUCUCUUCGACAAUCUUCUCACCGGACCUAUCCCGCUGGAGCUAGGGAAGCUCUCUGGCCUCGAAGUGAUAAGAAUCGGAGGAAACAAAGAAAUCUCCGGCCAAAUCCCACCGGAGAUCGGAGAUUGUUCCAAUCUAACAGUUCUUGGUUUAGCCGAAACAAGCGUCUCCGGAAACUUGCCUUCUUCUUUAGGUAAGCUCAAGAAGCUACAAACACUCUCAAUAUACACAACAAUGAUAAGUGGAGAGAUUCCUUCAGAUUUAGGGAAUUGCUCUGAGCUUGUUGAUCUCUUCUUGUACGAGAAUAGCUUGUCUGGUUCAAUCCCUCGAGAAAUCGGAAAGCUUUCGAAACUCGAACAGCUGUUUCUAUGGCAGAACAGUCUCGUUGGUGGUAUCCCUGAAGAAAUAGGAAACUGCAGCAAUCUCAAAAUGAUAGAUUUGUCUUUAAAUCUCCUCUCUGGUUCCAUUCCAAUCUCCAUUGGUCGUUUGUCUUUUCUUGAAGAGUUUAUGAUCAGUGACAACAAAUUCUCCGGUUCAAUACCAACAACAAUCUCGAAUUGUUCGAGUCUUGUCCAGUUACAGCUCGAUAAGAAUCAGAUUUCAGGUCUAAUACCGUCCGAGCUUGGAACACUCACAAAGCUUACUCUGUUCUUUGCUUGGUCUAAUCAGCUAGAAGGAAGUAUACCUCCUGGUUUAGCAGACUGUACUGAUCUCCAAGCAUUGGAUUUGUCGCGUAAUUCGCUAACCGGAACAAUCCCUUCCGGUUUGUUUAUGCUAAGGAACCUCACAAAGCUUCUCUUGAUCUCAAACUCUCUGUCUGGUUUUAUACCUCAAGAGAUUGGUAAUUGCAGCUCUUUGGUGAGAUUGAGGUUAGGUUUCAACAGGAUCACAGGAGAGAUUCCUUCGGGUAUUGGUUCGCUUAAGAAGCUAAACUUUCUCGAUUUUUCGAGUAAUAGGCUACAUGGAAAGGUUCCUGAUGAGAUUGGAAGCUGCUCGGAGUUACAGAUGAUUGAUCUCAGUAAUAACUCUCUUGAAGGUUCUUUGCCUAAUCCGGUUUCUUCUCUCUCCGGUUUACAAGUUCUUGAUGUUUCGGCUAACCAGUUUACAGGCCAGAUUCCAGCGAGUUUGGGACGGCUUGUGUCGCUGAACAAACUAAUCUUGAGCAAGAAUUUGUUCUCCGGAUCAAUACCUACUUCUCUAGGGAUGUGUUCAGGGCUUCAGCUUCUUGAUCUCGGAAGCAACGAGCUCUCUGGUGAGAUUCCUUCAGAGCUUGGAGAUAUCGAGAAUCUUGAAAUCGCGUUAAACUUGAGUAGCAAUAGACUCACAGGCAAGAUUCCUUCAAAGAUUGCGUCUCUCAACAAGCUCUCGAUUCUUGAUCUCUCCCACAACAUGCUUGAAGGAGAUCUUGCUCCACUCGCCAAUAUCGAGAAUCUCGUCUCUCUUAACAUCUCUUACAAUAGCUUCUCUGGUUAUCUUCCAGACAACAAGCUUUUCAGACAAUUACCUCUUCAAGAUCUUGAAGGAAACAAAAAACUCUGCUCUUCUUCAACUCAAGAUUCUUGCUUUCUCACCUAUGGGAAGGGUAAUGGACUUGAAGAUGAUGGUGAUUCUUCUCGUACAAGAAAGCUUAGGUUAGCACUCGCCCUUUUGAUCACCUUGACGGUUGUGUUGAUGAUUCUUGGUGCGGUUGCGGUUAUUCGAGCCAGAAGGAACAUCGAAAAUGAUAGGGAUUCUGAGCUUGGAGAAACAUAUAAAUGGCAGUUCACACCGUUUCAGAAGCUGAAUUUCUCGGUAGAUCAAAUCAUAAGAUGUUUAGUUGAACCAAAUGUGAUUGGUAAAGGAUGUUCAGGCGUAGUUUACCGUGCUGAUGUAGACAAUGGCGAGGUUAUAGCCGUGAAGAAGCUUUGGCCAGCGAUGGUUAAUGGUGGUCACGAUGAGAAGACCAAAAACGUGAGAGAUUCGUUUUCAGCAGAAGUUAAGACACUUGGGACGAUUAGACACAAGAAUAUAGUUCGGUUUCUCGGAUGUUGUUGGAAUCGAAACACAAGGCUUUUGAUGUAUGAUUACAUGCCUAAUGGGAGCUUAGGGAGUUUGCUUCACGAGAGACGAGGAUCUUCGCUUGAUUGGGAUCUUAGAUACAGAAUCUUGCUCGGUGCAGCUCAAGGUUUAGCUUAUUUACACCAUGAUUGCCUCCCACCCAUUGUUCACCGCGAUAUCAAAGCCAACAACAUCUUGAUCGGUCUAGAUUUCGAGCCUUACAUUGCGGAUUUCGGUUUAGCAAAGCUUGUUGAUGAAGGUGAUAUCGGCCGGUGUUCUAAUACCGUCGCUGGAUCUUAUGGUUACAUUGCUCCAGAGUAUGGUUAUAGCAUGAAGAUUACAGAGAAGAGUGAUGUUUAUAGCUACGGUGUGGUUGUUCUUGAAGUGUUGACUGGGAAACAACCUAUAGAUCCAACGGUACCAGAAGGGCUUCACUUAGUGGAUUGGGUGAGGCAGAAUAGAGGUAGCCUCGAAGUUCUUGAUUCGACAUUGAGAUCAAGAACCGAGGCUGAAGCUGAUGAGAUGAUGCAAGUGUUGGGAACUGCUUUGCUGUGUGUGAACUCGUCUCCAGACGAGAGACCUACCAUGAAAGACGUUGCGGCUAUGCUCAAAGAGAUCAAGCAAGAACGUGAGGAGUACGCGAAAGUUGACUUGCUUCUCAAGAAAUCUCCUCCGCCAACAACAACAAUGCAAGAGGAAAGUCGUAAGAAUGAGAUGUCGAUGAUUCCGGCGGCUGCGGCUUCGUCUUCUAAAGAGAUGAGACGAGAAGAAAGAUUAGUGAAGAGUAACAACACGAGUUUCUCUGCUUCUUCUCUGCUUUACUCUUCUUCUUCUUCAAUCGAGUGAUUUUAAGGUUUGAAGGUUACGUGAGAAGAAAGCUUUUGUGUGUUGUUUGAGAAAUGGGCUUUUCUUUUCAUUUUUUUAUUUACCAUUUUAAAUCUUUAGAUUGUGAUGUAAAAAAAGAAGACGAAUAGAACGAGAGAAGGUGAGUCAGUAAUGUUGUGGAAUUGUGAUUAGCAAAGAGUGACAUGAAAUUGUACCUUUUUGGGCGGUUUGAAAUCAAUAAUUUCUCUAGUU